UGAUGAUUUCUGCGGUUCUCAGUUUUCAAAGUUCUGUCUGACAUAUUUAAACUUUUGUAUGCAAUUGUUGUCAGGUUCAAUUACACAUACUAUGACAAGAAAUUAGGGGCCAUACACAAAUAAAUUGAGGCCCUGGACAAGAAGGGGAUGAAUAGAAUAGAAACAGGAGAUCCAGAUGAUUUCGAAGACUAUUUGUUGGAGUUUCACAACACUAUUUGUGGACGCCAUCCAAUUAGUGUUUUCCUCCAUGAAAGUCUCUGCUGGUCCAACUAAGUCAAGGCAAUACGGCAUUCCCUCUUUACAUGUUUUCACUCUCUUGGCUGGGUUUCAACCCCUAGUUUUCAGAACCCUCAUCAACCUCUCUGACCCUCCUCCCUUUUCCCUAAAAUACUGAAGAAAAAUUGUGAAUCAUUUCAUUUGGUCACGCCGGCCACAUGCUGUACCUUUAGAAUUGGAUGUUUCUCCUGCUCCUUGGUUUUUUUUUAUUCUUCAAUAUAGCAUAUGACCUUCC